CCCCUUAAGUCAGCGCUCUCAGUAGCAUGUUGUGAAAUGAGAGCCGGUAACUUUGCACAUACAAAAAAACCCACAUACAACAAAUGUAUUCUGUGGAGUUUUGCAGAUACUAUAACAGAGUGUAAAAAUAAGGAGUUUGUUUUCCGUCCUGCAGGCCACACUUUAUUUGCAGAGGCAUUCUGUUCUUAUGACGCAUAUAAUCUAUUUGCUGUCAUAAUUCUGUAUUACAGAUCAAUUUUGUAUUGAUAUUUGGCAAUAAUGUUGUAUUUUCAACUCAAUACAACUUAAUCGCCGCAAGGGGCGGUUGUGUGCAGCAUUUCACCACCCACGUCAACAAACAUACACAAUAAAAAGGCAGGGUAGCAAAAGACACAAAGCCAAAAACAAUCCAAGGCUUUAAGCUUGAAAACAAUGUGACACAUGUAAUAAAUACAUAAAUACAAUGUAAAUAUCCCAAAAUUUAAAAAACAACAAAGUAAUAAAGUCAAAUAGUGAAAUCCUGUUAUUAAUGUCCAAAUUUUUGAUUCUGACCUCAUUAUAAUUGUAUUUAAAACAAAUUUCCCUUCAUAUGUCUUAGUUGUUGCAUAACAGUACACAGUAGCAUUUGAUUAUUAUUUUGGGGGUUUUUGCAAAAAAUUGCCUGUCAUGAUCAUGGAGUAUUACUUGAAAUUUUUCUAUACUAUUGGCAAUACAAUACCCAAGUUUAAUAAUCAAUUAUACCCAAAUUAUACUUGAUAUUGAUACUUAAUGAUGCCCUAAUCAAGAAAAUGUAUAAUAACAAUGGAUCAAAUUACUAUAUGUAUGUGAAAGGGGUCGCUUGUUGUGACGAACCCAGUUCCCCUCAACCCUACAGAGGUUUAGCAUAUUUGAGCUCAUUGUUUGGUUUUACAGCCCACACCUUUACAGUUUUGGUUCAUCACCCUCAUUGGCUUUGUUUCCAGCAGCCGCAUCAGGAAGCUGUUUUCAGGCAAAACACUGGACAAAAUCCCCCUGCACGCUGGAGACCCAAGCUAUCACCUAGCUGCUUUUUGGUCUUGCGGUCAGAGAAGAACGUAACGCUGAACGUCAGGAACGACCAAGGCCAGCUGACCGGUCAGCUCACAGUAGGACCUGAGGCUGUGGAGGCCCAGUGUCAGAGGCUGGUGGUACGCAGUAAAGACGGAGGCAGACUGUUGUUCACUGCAAAUGAGGAGGAGGUCAUCAUGACAACUGAAAAGUUCACCGUCACAGGCUCGGAAGGUGCUGUGUUCGGCCAUUCAGUAGAAACUCCCGUGAUCCAGGCGACAGCUUCUGAAGACCUGAAGCUGGAGUCUCCAACACGGACCCUGACCAUGGAAGCUCCCAGAGGGGUGGAAGUGAGCGCUGCCAAGGGGACGCUGAAGGUCAGCAGUCGAAAGGACCUACAGCUGGAGUCCACAGAAGGAGAGAUACUUUUAGACGCCAACACCAUUCAGCUGGGUAGCCUCCCGCUCGGCAUCUACACAGCGACAUCCAGCGACGCCUCAAAAGAACAGGCAGUAUACGAGGUGUGCGUCUGCCCCAGUGGCAAGAUCUACCUCUCUCCGGCAGAGAGCAGCUCCACCUGCCAGGCCAUGAGCAACAUCUGCCUCUGGAGCUGACCUGGGAGCAGUGUCGGCCAUUGGAGACCACUUAUUCUUUUUUUUUUUUUUUUACAUCGACUCUGGAGCUGCCCAGAUUCAGACUCCUCCGUUGGUACAUUUAACAGAGCGUAGAACACAUCACAGCGGAGCUGGAGCUCAAACUCUUCACUGUCUGAGUUCAGUUAGCACAGAAGCAUCCAAGUCCACCGCCUGCAGUGGUCUGCUGGAGGUCAGGACUCUGCCACGGACAGUGUUUGAGGAAUGGCAGUCAGAGCAGUCUGAAAUCAGGAAUAUCUCAUACAAACAGGAACACUUCCACUACCUUAUAUUAGAGCCAGAGGAUACACCCUUUAUUUUUCUACUUUAAGUUCAUUGUAGACAUGCUGUCUGUUUUCAAGUUUCAGAGAGAAUCGAUGAGGAAAGGUAAAACACAGGUGCCUUCAGCUUUAAAAGAAGUCAUAUUGUGACUAAUGAUGUACCUGUCUGUGCAAACGGAGAGAGAGAUAUUUAAGGGUUUUAACGUAACGAUGGUAGGAACACAAUUAAGCACAAUUCUGUCAUGUUUUUUUUAUAAUCUUAAUAGAUAUAUUAGGUUUUCCCCACUAAGUGAGUGGCUGUUUUGUUUGAAAUUAAACAUGUUUUUAUGUGGCACACAUUGUA